UGUCCAAUUCGAACAGCUCCCACACCGCUUCCAAAUUCCCAGUGUAAUGUGCUGUGCGUUUCGACUCUCUCGAAUCUACUACUAAUCGGUGCAGGUGGUGAUAAGGGGGCUCGUUCGUUGCCUUUUUUGUGUAUACUUGCUUUCGUCUCCAAUAGGACCUUGAGACGGGGAGGUGCGAACGCCAGCACUGGUGUGUUUUGAGGGUGCUAUAAAACCGCCCUCCUAAACUACGGAUUGCUGUCAGUCAGAUUAAACCAGUCGACAUCUGCUACCUGCUUCGAGAUGUACAAGUACAGUGCCGUCCUGCUGCUGCUUGGGCUAGUGGCCGCUGCUAGUGCCGCUUCCCUGUCCACACCUGCCCCGGAUAGCUGGAUGCUAAUCCCGGACGGCAAUGGACGGUUACAUCUGGCCAACCUGAACCCCUACAACAUGGACGAAACCGUGCCGGAGCCUCACUUUACUGCCGCCACCGAUACGAUCUUCCGGCUCUACACCCGCAGCAACCGCGACACGCCACAGGUUGUGGGGCUGAACGAUGCCGGUUCGCUGUCCGGCUCGAACUUCAAUGCGGCCCAUCCGACCCGCUUCAUCAUUCACGGCUGGAACAAUGAUGGCUUCUCGGAGGUGAACAUGAUCCUGAAGGAUGCGUGGCUGGACCGGGGCGACUUUAACGUGUUCACCGUCGAUUGGGGUGUCGGUGCGCAGACGAUCAACUACCCGUUCGCUCGGGCACGUGUCGGUGCGGUCGGUAACGUGGUGUCGACGUUCAUCAACUUCCUGCAGGCGAACACGGGCAUCACGUUCGCCAGUGUCAGCAUUGCGGGCCACAGUCUCGGGGCGCACGCGGCCGGCAAUGCCGGUUUCUUCCAGUUCGGUCGGCUGAACACGAUCUUCGGAAUGGAUCCCGCGCUGCCACUGUUCUCGCUGGACAGCAACGAUCGUCUGACGCUGAACGAUGCACAGUACGUGGAAUCGAUCCACACCAAUGCGGGACUGCUUGGGUUCGAUCUGCCGCUGGGACAGGCGUCGUUCUACCCGAACGGUGGCCGUACCCAGCCGGGCUGUGGCGUUGACAUUACUGGUGCCUGUGCGCACGGUCGUGCGUAUGAGUUUUUGGCUGAGUCGAUCGUGUCCGGUGGCUUCACGUCGGUUCGGUGCGGCUCGUACGACGAGAUCCUUACCGGUAACUGUUCCGUGCAGGGUGCCAGCCGUCCGAUGGGUGGCGAACCGUCCAACUUCGGCACCGGCACCGAGGGUGUGUUCACGCUCUCGACCCGUGCGGCGGCUCCAUUCUCGCUGGGAUAAACGAAAAGAAGGAAUCACGCCCCACACACGGCUUUUGUGUGUAAUUGUAGAAAUAAAUAAGGCUUAUAUGUAAGCACGAUUAAUUAUCAA